ACACACUAGUACUGUUAACUCAGUCUCGUUUUCGCCGGAUGGGAUUCAUAUUGUGUCUGCUUCAUCGGAUAACACUGUCCGGCUGUGGGAUGCGGCGACGGGGCAGCCGAUUGGUGGCCCCAUGCAGGGGCACACUGGCGUGGUUAACUCAAUCUCAUUCUCGCCGGAUGGGACUCGCAUCGCCUCUUGUUCGCAUGACAAGACUAUCCGGCUGUGGGACGCAGCGACAGGGCGGCCAUUCGGUGAGUCCUUCCAUGGACACACUGGUGGGGUUAGGUCAGUCUCAUUCUCGCCGGAUGGGACCUGCAUUGCAUCUGGUUCAGUGGACCACAAUGUCAGGCUCUGGUAUGCAGCUAGGCUGUCAUUGCAGGAGUGUUCAACUGUCUUACUGGAUACAAGUCCGACCAUGCGUCAGACGGAGGGCAGCACUACCGUGUCAACCAACACUUGGAACAAUCACUCCAUUUGCUUCUCAUCCAGUUCAACUCAUGCACUGUGCAACACCGCUGAGCUACUUGAGGGCACCUUCCGUGACGACCACAGUUCAACCUCCUUUUUACUUGGAGCUGACGGAUGGAUGGUGGGACCCAAUCAUCGACUCCUAUUCUGGGUACCACCCGCUUCCCGAGACACAUUUUAUAAUCCUAAGACUGCAUUGGUGACGCCCAGAGGAAUUGUUGAGCUUAAUUUGAGCCGCAUGGCACAUGGGCGGCUCUGGUGGAAUUGCCGAGAUGAGCCUUGUCAACUAUGAUUUUUUUCUAGCAGUUCAUUCGUGAUGUCAGAUGCCAAUAGAGUUGAUACAUAGUUUAUGUAAGUUCCUUGUAGUCACAUCAUCUUCCUCCGUGAAUCCAUCAAUUGAGGGGCAAAGGCGCUGCACAGGCCUGCAGCUCCCAAUUGGUAAAAAUACAAUAAUAAUUGCACCUUCUGCGCUCGUUGCGCGGCUUAGUGAACAAUCACCAGCGGGGGAAUGGCACUAAUCCUUGUGGAACAAGUUAUACCCAU